AUGUCGGCACUUUUCAACUUUAAAUCGCUAUUGCAGGUGAUCCUAUUGCUACUUUGUUCCUGUACCUACGUACAUGCUCAAUGGCCAUCUCUACUCGAUCGUUAUAAGGGGCAUGGUGUUUUAAGUGCCUUCUGGAAGAUGGCUCGUGUAGGUGAAAGGGCAAGUCCUUAUGUGAGUUUAGCAUGUAUUUUGAUGGCUCUUAGCCAACUGAAUAGCUGA